CGAAACGAUCGGCCCGUGACACACGCGAUCAUCACGCCGCCGCCGGCCGGCUGCCUUCGAUUUCUAAAUCUAAAUUCGAUUUUUAAAAAUCUAUCAUAGACUUAUUUUGUUUUUUUUUUUUAACACGGACUAUAGUGCUGAGUGUACAUGUAUGAAAUUUAAGUUUACGUCUGAAUAUAAUACAGAUAAAGACAUUCCAUUGAAUGAUUUUGUGAAUUGGGACGUGAAAUUCUGGAACUUUUUUCCAUAAACCGCAAAGGGAUAAAGAAGAAUGGAGCACAAGAAAGAUGUCAACCUAGACUCCAUCCUCGAGAGUCUGGGGCCGUAUGGACGCUACAAUCUAUUUAAUUUCGUCUUGUUGCUGUUCCCUGUACUUUUGACCGGUUUCUUCGAGUGCGGAUUCAUCUUUGAAGCUCAGGAACAAAUGUACAGGUGUAAAGUCACCGGCUGUGAAGAGAGAUUCAACGAUACGUCCUGGCAGAAGUACGCCAUACCCUUUGACGUGGAGAAGAACCGCUCAGUCUCGUGCACCAGAUACGCGCCCCUACACAACAGAACCGUUGCACAGUGUCUGCCAGAAGAGUUCACUAAUGUUACCAUUCCUUGUGACGAGUUCGUCUAUGAAGAGGGAAGGUCGUUGGUUAAAGAGUUCGAUCUAGGGUGCCAAGAAUGGAAGCGGCUAUUCGUAGGGACGGUGCACAACUCGGGAAUGUUGGCAGCCAUGGUGGUGACCGGCGCGAUCUCAGACCGCUUCGGCAGAAGAGUCGCUGUGGGCAUCGCCGCCACCGCCAGCUUCAUCUUUGGCAUAUCGAGGGCCUUCUCACCGGAUUAUAGCACGUAUCUGGUGUUGCAUUUCUUGGAAGCUGCCUUUGGGGGCGGUUUAUAUUCCUCUGCGUAUGUGUUUGCGGUGGAACUUGUCGGCAUAAAACAGCGCGUUAUCGUCUCAGCCAUGUGCAACAUGACAUUCGUCGUUGGUGUCGUCCUGAUAGCAGUUCUCGCUUGGUUCGUCGACAACUGGCGGACGUACAUCCUCAUCCUCUACAGCCCAGCCAUUAUAGUAGGAAUAUACGUUUGGUUCAUGAACGAGAGCGCAAGAUGGCUGCUCAGCAAAGGCAGAAAGGACGAAGCUAUCACAACGUUGAAGAGAGCUGCAAAAAUCAACGAUUUAGAUUCAAGAAAUUUAGAAUUAGACUCCUUAAGCGAUCCGUUAUUGAAACCAGAAAACCAAACCGAGGAUAAGAAAUCUCAACUCUCGAAAGCAAUCAACUCAAGUAUUAUAUGGAAAAGACUAUUGAUAUGUUCUUUCUUGUGGUUGACAUGCUCUUUAGUUUAUUAUGGGAUGUCUAUCAACUCUGUGUCGUUAAGUUCUAAUAAGUAUGUGAGUUUUAUGCUGGUCGUGUUAGUGGAGAUACCUGCGUAUAUUGUGGUGGUGAUAGUGUUGGACAAGUACGGCAGGAAAAAGACGAUGAUUGUGACUUAUUCGACUUGUGCGAUAACGAGUUUGCUCUUCGCGUUUUUGCCGAGAACGGAUCUCUGGUCCAUCCCUCUAUAUCUCAUCGGAAAAUGGAGCGUUACAUUAACGUAUAGUUCAGUAUACAUCUACGUGUCAGAGGUGUUCCCGACCAACAUGCGACAGACUCUCAUCAGUGUGUGCUCAACUGCUGGCAGGAUAGGAUCCUUGAUUGCGCCGCUGACGCCUCUACUGUCACAGUACCACAAAUCGAUGCCAACUGUUCUGUUUGGCGGCAUGUGCCUGAUAUCCAGCGUACUGGUACUCAUGCUGCCUGAAACCAGGAACGUGAGGCUACCUGACACUAUAGAAGAAGCCGAAGCGUUGUCUAGAAGGAAGACUAAAGAAGAUGCGAUGUGAAGAAGAUGAUUUGAUAAAACUAGGUGACUUCAAAUGGAUUCCUUUCUACAAAAUUAAUAACUAUCCUCCGAAU